GUAGAUAAAUUGGAACUUUUUUGUCACGAUAAGCACGUUCAUUUUCUCUCACUGAACAAGACAACACCGAUUCUCUCGUUUGACAACAACUUAUCUUCAAAACAUGGAGAACACUAACCAGUAUGCGCCAUUCCAGGAUUAUUUGGGCCUUAGUGAUAUAACUUGGAACAAAGAUUUGUUAACAAAUCUGAACAAUUUGAUGACACCGAUCACUUGCCAGGAUGAUAGUAGCGACUGUGAUAGUAGCAGUAGCAACUACAACUGCUGGAGUUUUGGUUUGACAUUUUUGGACAGAGAUGUUGCUUCUAAUUCUAUGGAACAUCUGGACAAUAUUCGAAUUGAUUCCAUGGACGAGUUUCGUCACAAUGGUCGAGAAUUGGAUUUGGACGAUUUGGAUAGUUACCAGGUACAAUUACGUCACCAGUCCGCCAAAGAAAAGAUGGCGAUCCAAAGAGAAAGCAACCCUAUCGUACUACAAGUCCUGGCAUUUAAAGAAAAAAAGAAAGCAGCUCGUCGGGCCAAAGCAAAGAAAGUGUGUGUUUUCUGCAAGAACAAUGGGGAAACUUCUUCAGUGUAUACCAGCCAUGUUUUGAAGGAUAACGAGGGUAAAGUCAGCUGCCCCAUCUUACGGAAGUACACCUGUCCCUUAUGUGGAGUGAACGGCGACGGAGCACAUACCAUCAAAUACUGUCCCAAGAACGAGGAGACUGAAAGUCCAACACCAUGUCUGUCAUCGUUGUUGAGCACUGUCAGAAGCAGCACGUGCAAGCGUCGUCGAAUGCAGUCUGGAAUGAGCUCUUAAUAAUGUAAACAAUGCUGAAAGUGUGAUUAGUGUAGCACGUGCGAUCGAAAAUGUAAACAAUGCUGACAGUGUGAUUUGUUUGGCACAUGCGAUCGAAAAUGUAAACAAUGCUGAAAGUGUGACUAGUUAAGCACGUGCGAUCGAAAAUGUAAACAGUGACGAAAGUGUGAUACAUUAUCCAACAUUCUUUACAUUCCAUCAAAGGUUGUCCAAGAAAUUUUUCAAGGGACGACUGAGAAGAAAUACGAACUAAAAUCAGACUUUUCCUGUCCGAUUUAAAAUGUGUGAACCGGAAUUAAAGAUAUCGAACUCUUGUGCAAUUCCAGAACUUUUAAGGAAACGUCAACGAUGUGCGACAAAUGUUUAAAAAAAAAAAGACUCGUAUAUUUUACACAAAUGUCCCUGUCGCCUGUAUGUAUAACAAUUUUUGUAUUAUAAUAUUUUUGUUUUAAAAAAAUGUUGAUUUUUACAACAAUUUGAUUUUCAUUUGUGUAGAUUUUGUAACUUAUCUUAGAAAAACUAUUUAUAACCUUAUAUUUUAAGAAAUAUGAAAUUUUAUGUGCUAUAAAUAUUAACCGAAUUUAAUGUAUAUAGAUCUACUUUGUAAACUAAUGGUUUAAAUUGUUUGAUUACUAACUUAUUCACAUUCCUGAAAUAUUUAGAGAAAAACGAUAAAUUUUAAGAAUUAUUGAAAAAAUACGUUUGGAAAUGAAUGGAAGAUCAUCUAGUCAUUUUCCACGAUUGUUUUGUAAUUACAUCAAGCAUCUGUCCAAAAUGAAAUGUUUUUGUCGAGUGAAACCUAUUUUUGUAAGAGAAACCGGAGAUGUUUUAUUUUUGUGAACAUUGACACGAUAAGUGAAAUAGACAUCGGAAUGUAUUUGUAAUCUCUGCUUUGAAAUUAAUUCAGUUUUGACAGUAAAAAAGUCGGUAGUUUUGUAUAUACACAGUUGUUUUUGCACAUAGUGUGUUUUAUCUUAGUUUAGAAAAUUUGUAUUAAUACAAACAUUCGAUCUAGUGCUGAAUACAUUAUAUUGGAAUCGGUUCACGAAAUAAAAACCAUUUAGACAUUUUCAA